AAUAACUAACAGCUGUUCUACAAUAUUCGUUCGGGCAACUCAGGUAGCAGCUGUGUACGAAUGAACACGCAGCCGUUUUCCUUGGAACUGCGAUUGUUUGCACAUUGAAUUGAGACUUUCUCAUUGUUUUAUCUUAUUUUGUUAAAAUAGGUAAAAUCCAUUUUUUAAGUUAGAAACGACUUACAAUAGUGUUAGUUAUUGUGAAUAGUGCGCGAAUCAUAUAAUCUGUUAUUGGUGAUAGAUAUUAUGUUUACCAAAAUUCAUUCGUUGUUAUUGUGAAUUGAGACUAGUUGAAAUGCCUCGUGAAUACGUGGAUCGCGAGAAGAGUUCCUUGGUGUUAUGUUAAUAGAAUCUCUACCUGUAGAUAGCAGUUUUAAUUUUCUAUCGGUAGUGACAAGAAUAAUUUAUAAAAAUGUCUUGUACGGUACCAACUAGUUCCGCUUUGAGAGCUUUGGCUUUAGAAUAUAAAAGUCUACAAGAAGAGCCCGUAGAAGGUUUCCGAGUGAAGUUAUUGGGUGAGGACAAUUUGUUUGAAUGGGAAGUUGCAAUAUUUGGACCUCCUGAUACACUGUACCAAGGCGGAUACUUCAAGGCACAUAUGAAGUUCCCUCCAGACUACCCGUACUCACCCCCUACCAUUAGGUUUCUUACAAAAGUAUGGCAUCCAAAUGUUUAUGAGAACGGUGAUCUUUGCAUAUCAAUCCUUCAUCCACCGGUAGACGACCCCCAGUCGGGCGAGCUUCCGUGCGAGCGCUGGAACCCUACGCAGUCCGUUCGCACCGUGCUGCUAUCAGUCAUAUCUCUACUCAACGAGCCGAACACGUUCAGCCCGGCGAACGUCGAUGCGAGCGUCAUGUACCGCCGCUGGCGUGAUUCCAAGGGCAAGGACAAGGAGUACGAAAACAUAAUAAGAAAACAAGCUCAAGUGGCACGCAUAGAAGCAGAGAAAGAAGGAAUAGUCGUACCUUUAACAUUAGAAGAUUAUUGCAUUAAAACACAAGUGAAAUCGACGACACAAGAACCACAGUUGGACAUGACAGACUUCUACGAUGAUGACUACGACGACCUCGACACCGACUCCGAGGAGGAGUUGGAGGGGGGUGAAGACGGCGACGACAGCGGCAACGGCGAGUCGUGAUACGUCACAGAGAUCUCAUGCGACGGACGGACGACAAGAAAAAUAUAAUAUUACAUAUUGGCAUUUGUUAUUCCUUAAAACUGCAUCUCGACAGAGAUAAAAUUGCCAACUUUUGUAGUGUCAAAAGUUUAUGUAAUGAACACAAAUUGUCAAUCGCAAAAAUUGCUAACUAUGCCAUUGGCAAUGCACUAUAAGAAUUUGAAACAACUUAGAAAAAACAUUGCCCUAGGUGCCUAGCCUAGAUAGGUGGAUUGAAACCAGUGUACCGAUAAAAAUAUCAGGCUCUAAACUCACUUGCCACAUAGUUUAAACUUAUAUGAGCAUUAAAACUAAUAAAUAGGGGUGCGAUUACAUAACAUACUUUUGAGUCAAAAGUAAGUCUAUCAAAUUAAAAAAAGAUAAAAUAUUUUAUCCCUGGGGGCUGAGUUAGCUUUAGAUGGUGCAGCGCACCUUGCCCUGUGUAGUUAUAGCCACUGAAUAUGUAAAUUUGCAAGUCUCCGUGUAACUUUUAAAAGCAACAGUAACAGUAGUAAUGGAGCAAGUGCUUGACCAAAUUAAAAUAUUUCUAGGUGAUGUUAAAAUUAUUAUGUUAGCAGAGUUAUCAUCAAAUAAAGAAAAGAGAGAAAAUUGUUAAUGUCAACUGUCACUUAUGUAGAUAUAUUUUAUUGUAAUGAAAUACCCUAAAACUGGCUCAUAUUUGUCCUAUUUAGAAGUCGAAAUAAACAAAAUAAAUAUUUUGUUUUAAACUCGUUAAUCACUGCCAAAACAGAUAAAUUAUUAUUAUAUGGUCAUAAACAAUUUUCAUCUUUUGUAACACGCAAACGACUAUAUAAUUCUUAAAUAAUAAUAUUCCGCAACAUUGAUAUUAUAACAUAUAAGGGAACCUGUCAAUAUUUAAAAUACAGUAUUGUAUUAAAUAGUACAUAACUGUAUUCAUAUUCUGCUUAAAUAUACAAGUAAUUGUAAAAUUAUUGUGAAAAUAUAACUAUGGCAUGCUGCCUAUUGAUAUUCAACUGUAUCUAAGAUGAAAUAUUUUAUAUAAUGACUCAGUCAAAUGCCAAUUUUAAUAUUAUUCAUCAAAAAGUCCGCCUCUAGCCAAAACUUAAACGUGUAUAGCUUAAUUUUCGAAUAUCAUCCAAUAAGUCAUUUACUUUUUUUAUUAUUAGUUCCCUUAAUAUUAGGGCCUAGAAAAUAUUGUAGACCAAUUAUUUUGAAAUAGAUUUUUUUUAAUUUUAAUAGUACAUAAUGUUUUAUCCACUACAGGAAGUGCUUGUAUGAUUUAUUCAAUCAUAAAACAUCUUUAUAAUUUAAAAAUGUAUUAAAUUAUAAUUUGAUUUAUUUUAAAUGUAUUAAUUUUAUCUUUUUUUUGAAAAU